GUUUAUCUCAAAGCGGAAGUUCAGAGUGACUUGAUGGCAGAGUUGAAUGCAUACAAGGGGAGAAGGAGAGACUGCUGUUCAAAACCACUGUUUGCCAUUCAAGCUGGCGGUACCGAGAAUGCAGGACGCCGACUGAAGAUGGGAGAUGCCCAGUAAGGCCUUAGUCUGUGUCCAGCGUUCUACUGCCUGUCAUCAUGAUGACCAAUCGCUGCACGCUGCUGCCAGAAGUUUUGCCAAACCAGUGUCUAUCAGCGCACGUGAGCUGCCGGCCCGAGCUGGACUCUGAGCCCAUGUGUGUGUUCUCGGAUGAGCCGCCUCUCCCAGGAAAAACCAUGGAGGAGUGCAGCGUGUCGACCAGCGAGCAGCCUCAGUAUUACACACAGGCAUCGACCAGGCUGGAUGGUCAGCUGAUGUCUCCGGGGUUGGACGCGUAUGCCAAACAGCGUGCCGUGCCGGAGAACCCCAUGUGUCGAAUCUGUCAUGACAGCGGAGCCCAGGAGGAGCUGCUGUCCCCCUGUGAAUGUUCCGGGACCCUGGCCACCAUCCACCGCAGCUGUCUGGAACACUGGCUGUCUGCCUCAGGAACCAGUUUCUGUGAGCUCUGCCACUACCAGUUCACUGUGCAGAGGAAGUCCAGGUCGCUGCUUGAGUGGCUGCGGAACCCAAGUCUUCGUCAGGAGAAGCGCACUCUGUUUGGUGACAUGGUGUGUUUCCUGCUCAUCACCCCUCUGGCCACCAUCUCCGGCUGGCUCUGCCUUCGUGGUGCCAUAGAUCACCUUCACUUCUCCAGCCGGCUGGAGGCCGUGGGGCUCAUCGCGCUAACUGUUGCCCUCUUCACCAUUUACCUCUUCUGGACCCUGGUGUCUCUCAGGUAUCACUGUCGGCUGUACAAUGAGUGGCGGCAGUCCAAUCAGAGAGUCGUCCUCCUCCUUCCCAGGUUACGCAGGGAAGCGUCGGCACUGCACUCCUCCCUGGGGGGACAGCGAGGGAAGCAGCCAUCCAAAGAGUCGAUAGUCUGAGCACAGAGCCGGCUCAAAGACAGGCUCUCAUCAGGGGAUGGACUCUGUUCAUCUUCUGGUCUCUUUGCACUUUAAAGAACCGUUCUGAGAUGUUCCGUUAGAGCUGAUGUCACGUGGGUGGACGACCACAGGUCUAAGCAGCACUUUAUUCUCAAACUCCACAGUAAAGGACUGCCUCACCUGAACACUAAGAUACGGUCAGCUGAUGAAGCAGCCAUCUUGGCUCCUGAUGGGGGAGGGACUGCAGUGUUUUGGUCGACCGGAUGACUUCAGGCUAAACACUGUGAUCGUUACUUGCAGUAACAGAACCACGACGAGAUGAAGAGUGUCAGACAUUUUUACGCCACGAUAAAGACAUCAUGGCUCUAGUAUUGUUUCAAGAAACAGCAUUUGGGGAAGUCUUGUUUGUUGAGUCAGGUGAGAAGUUUAAUGUCAGUGUCCUGAAACAUCCGACUGUUCCUUUAAGGCUGACUUUUGUUCUGUCGGCCCCUCCUCCAACAAAGAAGCUGUUAUUUCAGCAGCAGAAACGAGGACACAUGGACAAAGAAGGUGAACGUGUUUGCUGUGGAGUUGGUCCCUGGUGUUCAGCUGAGGUCAAGCACAGCCUUCAGGUCCUCUCCUGGACACACACACACUGACAUCUACAGUCAGUCUGAUGUAAGUGUGUUGAUAAAACAUCAAAGGGGACACACUUAAACCAAAGGCUAUUUUUUUAUUUGAAUCAUGUUCUUGUUGGUCUGUUUCAUGUGUGUGUUGAUUGAGAAAAAUAAAAUUCAGU